GCAUAUGGAAAAGAAGGUUGUACUACAGAAGAAAUUGAAGAGGCUGCGAAAGAAGCAAAUAUCCAUAAUUUUAUUACAGCUUUACCGGAUGGGUAUAAUACUCGUGUAGGUGAAAAAGGAACACAACUUAGUGGUGGUCAAAAACAGAUUUUAUUACUUGAUGAAGCAACUUCAGCACUAGAUUCUGAAUCUGAAAAAGUUGUGCAGAAUGCAUUGAAUAAAGCCAGUAAAGGCCGUACAACACUUACAAUAGCCCAUCGAUUAUCAACAAUUCAAAAUGCUGAUUUAAUCUUGGUUU